AGCUCUCAGCAGCGUUGUGCGAGUAUGCGGGGCAUGGGCUCCGGAGCGGUCAGCAGGGAUGGGAAUCCUUGAUCAUGAACGCCCGAGUUUAAUUCUUUUGGUUCAAUUUCAGUGCGGAUCUGAAAUCUUGUCGUCGAGCUGAUGAUUUUGAUCCCAAUUUCGAGGGGAUUCACUGCUGUGUCGGCUGAGAUUGGCCUGUUAAAGCUGCUCCGAUGGUGGACAUGAGUCGAGGCCGAUCGCUGCCUUGCUUUCUAUCGAGAUUUUCGACCAAUGCCGAACUAUGAAAUGCUGAGCAUUGGUUCGAAAUGUUAGACAGUGCGGCACUGCCAUCUUCUUCUCUGUAAUUGUUAAUCGUCGCCGCUUCACGAACAAGCUUGCUGGUUGAUUAGCUCUGCUUCAGUUGAGCACUUGUCGACCUAAUUGUCAUUGCAGCAGGGAAACUUCCUCGUCCGAAGUGAACUUUUGUUAGAUUCUUGUGCGGCAUGAAUACCUCAUGUGUUUGCUGCGCACGCUCUCUCUGACUGAGGAUAUUUUGUUCCUCUAGUAUGAUCUCAAAUUUUUGCCCACUUCCAGGCUUCAAGUCAGUCUGAGAAAUCCUUUGUUUGGAGUUCAUGGUGAUGAGAUCAAUACCUUCCGGUUGCCAGUGUACAGAGUACGUCUUUCCUUCAGUUUGAAGGAGGCGAGCACGAUUUGCACCCUCAGGCUUUUUGAUAUUCACUCGUGGAGGUGGAAUAAACCGUAUUUACUGCAUUGUCUCUAACAUGAGAACUUGACAUUUUCUGGGGAUCUCACGUGCUCCGGUUCUGUGUUGGAGCAACACUUUCGUUGUGGCAUCGAGAUUCAUGGACAUUGGUGUUACCGCGUUGAAAGAGCCUAUCUUCUUCCUCCUUGCAGUGGCUGAAGUUGUUUGGGUAGUUUAUUCAUGAGCGGUUUUUAAACCGAAGUACAACAGGCCGACAUAUCACAUGUAGUGUAGCCCGCACCCAUGACUGGCAGUUGGCGCUUCUCAUUUUUUUUCGUCGUGGAUGAGGAUCGUUGGUCUAUGCAAAGGUUUUCCAUCGAGUAAUGGCCGAUGACCGUAUGAAGGUUUCAUCUCAGCAAGCGUCAUUGGUCUUUGCGGACCUUCUAGACUCCUUGAUCGUAGAUGUUGCAUCGGAGUCACACCGAGCAGCACGUCUAGGGUUUGACUACAAGCUCAAUGUCGAGGAGGAAGAGGAAGUACGUCUGGCCCACCAGGCGAGGACAUUUGUGGGAGAUUCUGGUUCCAUCGGAAACGAAAAUGGAAAUAAACAUACCAUCGACGUCUUCGGACAAACUCACCCCACAAUUGCCAAUGAGACAUUUGAAUGCCUGAAUUGUGGCCGUCCAAUUGUUGCUGGGCGUUUUGCGCCUCAUCUCGAGAAGUGCAUGGGAAAGGGUAGAAAAGCUCGACUAAAGGCGAGUAGAAAUAUGACCUCUACUCAGCAACGGAGGGCACGUAGCAGUCCGAUUUCAUCGUAUGGAGGUGUGGUAUCUGCUGCACGCACACCAAAUAGAACCCCGACCAGAACUCCUGAAGAACCUCAAAGAGGUCUGACUGAGGCAGCUGAUGGGACGUCUGAAGAAAGCCAUGACGACGAUGAGAAGGUCCAUCGUGCUAGAGUACAAGGUGGCCAUUUCCAAGUUUCUGCAGUUACUAAGUAAAUGCAAAAAGGAAAGAGGACACCUUCUACGGGCUCCCUCGACCUGGUAAAGCACGAUCGAAGAACGCCUCAGGAAGAGGUUGGAAGAACCAUCGUGGGACAUUUACGCUCAACAUAUCGGGCCCGGUUCCGUUCCCGCAAUUAGCAUCACCUGGUGGGAGAUUAUUGAACGCAAUCCUUCCAGCAGGAACUCCCACUUUCACUGGACGUGAGGAAGGGUUGACAGUAGAGGUUGCCGUAGAGCAAUUCAACUCCUUUGUAGGUGGACGGGUUCCCACGUCGGGUGAUAUGGCUUUCGCCAAUGGCCGUAAGCAGCACUUCACUGCAAGAAGCACCAAGGUCGGCAAGGAGAAGAAGGGACUGGGCUUGGCUCUUGCAGAUGAAAGUGUAGGGAAGUACUGUAGUGGCACGAGCAGAAGUAAUGAAGACGAAGGAUGGAAAGACUCAGGGGAGGAAGUUGACGCUUUGAGUAUGACUAAAUGUGGAAUUCUCGACGGGUCAGAUCAAGGGUUUCAUCCACAAACUGGUGCUUCGAACGAGGUAAAGAGUGAUCUUCGUGGUGAACUUCCGAACAACGGUGAUGAUCCUCAUCUCAAAGCUUCGAACACCGACGUUGCGAAACAGCCAGUCACAUCAACGUCAAGCACUGAUGGGAAUACUAGAGCUCAGUGUAGCGGAAGUCUAGUAAUAUGUGAAGAUCCAGGGCAAAAGCCCAAAUUUCGCUUUUGUGGAGACAAUGGAGAUUUUAGCGGAGUUAAAAGAAAGAGGCGAUUUCGAGUCACUUCAAAUCCCAAGCAUUAUUAUGCGGCUGUGAUGGCUCCUACCUCAGGUAUCACAAUGUUUUCAAUAUACUGGUCGGGUCGUGCAAGGGUUCGAUUACCUCCAUCACGACCCAUUUUGCGCUUAUAUUAUGACUAGCAAGCUACAUCUCGCACUCGCACUUGAUGUCAAAAACCGGGCACGAAUGACUUGGCUCACAUUUGGGUCUCGACCAAGAAUCCUGUGAUUGAUAAACCUAUGAUUGACAAAGUAAGGGAAGAAAAGUAGCUCAAAUAAAAUAGCAUCCCUUUCUUCAUUAAGUAGAAAGGAUCAAAUGGGAUGUUAAAGAAGAGGCCCAAAGGAACAACCAAGUCCACACGCAUGCACCACAAUCCUCAAUGUCGUCUACGGUGAAACGGUACAGGUGGUCGCCACUCGAACGUGCACGAGAGACACUGUGUCGUCGUGGAGGUGGUGACGGAUCAGAAACUGGAGCACGCGGAAGGAAGGACCGACGAAUGCUCCAACCACAGACGCUCAGAAGGGAGUGAAGGGAUGCAGGCGCUCAGCCGAGUCAGCACGAACUGAAACCACGUGCGAAGAAUGUCCCAGAUUGGAAAUGCACCUAAAAGCAUGCCGAGGGCCAUGAAUUUGGCCCAAUUUAGGGGCUGAGGUACGGAGUGUUCUUUGACACGCGGCUAUUGCUCCACUGUCAGCCCCAGCUGGACCGAAGAUGCAGAUCCAAUGACGGCUGGCCUGGAGCCCUGCCCAUUUCUGCGCCUGUUUGCCUUAUCCUCGAUUACAUUGCAGUUGCGGAUCGUGUCUGGCUCGAGAUUAUCCGACAGUAAGCUUCCAUCUUUUCCAUGCAGAACCGUCCUGGCCUGGCCGCUGCCCCAUGCACAGGAAUUUGUGCGCCUUCUUUCCUCGAGAUUUCGUCUUUCGCACUUCACUGAUUUGAUCCUCUGGGAGCCCUUCUUGUUACCCUGGCUGGCCUAGGCUACGCUAGCGGCUAGCAGUGUUUGGUUCUGUACGUGAGGCCGGGAGGAUAGAAAACAGCUCCAGAGUAAUGGAGUAUAAAGAAAAAUUUAGAGAGAGUAGUAUACUCCUCGAGUAGUAUGAUAUUAUUCAUUCAGAUCAUUGGUCUUCCCGCUAGUUGAAGAAAGAAUGAAAUGUCUAGUCACAUAGCAUCGUCGACUUGAUGCCAUCAGUAUGUGAGUCGAAGCAUCUUGAACAUGAAAUUCUGAACCUCUUGCAAAUUACACGUGGGUUUAUAUACCGAUCAAGUUAUGAC